AGCACCGUUUAUCGCUCGUUCAUACGUGAGCACACUUCAGCUUCUCGCGUUUUAUUAUUAUUUACUUAUUCUCGACAUAUAUAAGAAGUCGUAUGGUAAAAUACGUAAUUAAGGGGUAGAUAAAUCACUUCACUUUGCUUCGGUUGAGUAGAGGAAGCGUCUUUGCAGGGUUUAUCAGAAGGGUUGUGUCCAGCAUGGCGGAUGGAGAGGGUUUUGUGGUGAGAGUCAGAGGUUUGCCGUGGUCCUGUUCUGUUGAUGAAGUUCAGAGAUUUUUCUCAGAGUGCAAAAUUGCCAACAAUGGGACAAGCAUACACUUCACAUACACACGGGAAGGGCGACCAAGUGGAGAAGCAUUUGUAGAGUUCGAAUCAGAAGAAGAUCUUAAAAUUGCGGUGAAGAGAGAUCGUGAAACAAUGGGCCACCGUUAUGUAGAAGUAUUCAAAUCCAAUAGUGUUGAGAUGGACUGGGUUUUGAAGCACACUGGACCGAACUGCCCGGACACAGGAGGGGACGGCCUGGUUAGGCUUCGUGGUCUGCCAUUUGGAUGCAGCAAGGAGGAAAUUGUCCAGUUUUUUGCAGGGUUGGAAAUCGUGCCAAAUGGGAUAACAUUGCCGGUGGACUUCCAGGGGAGGAGUACGGGGGAGGCCUUCGUGCAGUUUGCUUCACAGGAUAUAGCCGAAAAGGCUCUAAAGAAACACAAGGAAAGAAUAGGGCACAGGUACAUAGAGAUCUUCAAGAGCAGCCGAGCGGAGGUGCGCACACAUUAUGAACCCCAGCGUAAGGUCAUGGGCAUGCAGAGACCGGGGCCCUACGACAGGCCUGGAGGCGGCCGCGGAUACAACAGUAUGGGCAGAGGAGUCUCCUUUGAGAGAACGAGACGUGGAGGCUACGGUGGAGAUGGCCGUUAUGGGGACAGCAGCUCCUCCUUUCAGAGCACAACGGGACAUUGUGUGCACAUGAGAGGCCUUCCAUACAGAGCCACUGAAACUGACAUAUACAAUUUCUUCUCUCCACUGAACCCAGUGCGUGUUCACCUGGAGAUCGGCCCUGAUGGAAGAGUAACAGGUGAAGCGGAUGUAGAAUUUGCCACCCAUGAGGACGCAGUGGCAGCCAUGUCGAAGGACAAAGCCAAUAUGCAACACCGUUAUGUGGAGCUGUUCCUAAACUCCACGGCAGGGGGCGGAAGUGGAGGAUAUGGUGGCCAAAUGAUGGGCGGUAUGGGAAACCAGUCGUCAUACGGACACAGCAGCCAACAGAUGGGCUCUGGCUACAGUGGAGGUUAUGGUAACCAGAGUGGCAUGGGGGGCUACAGUGACUACAGUGAGUGUCAGCUCUUCCGUAGCUCUGCUAGCCGGUUCCCUGCCAAAUCCUAUCGCCCUUGGACCCCUAGGGGUAGCUGUUUGUAAUGCCUGAUUAAAAAGCCUUUCGUGUUAUCCUGUUGUAGCUGAUCAGGUAAUCAGGGCGGAAUGGGGAGCAGUUACUAUGGUGGAGGGAGCCGCGGGUCCAUGGGAAUGAACGGCCUCAACAGCUGCAUGGGAGGAGGCUGGGGGAUGUAGCCUUCAGGCCUUUCAGAGCUUUAUAACCUUCAUUUGAACAGUGUCCUCUUUCAUUUGUUUGUUCUUUGUUCCUUGCUCCCUUCGAAGUUGUGUUUGGAGCUGUACACAACCUAACUUCUUUUUCCCUUUUGACAUGGUUGAAAACAAAUCCUGACUAGAGGUAGUAAUUUAUGUUAAAGAGAAACUUUAUUUGCUGAAAUGUGACACAGCCCAUGUAUCACACUGGAGAGGUGCCUGUAAAUCUGUUAUUACAGUAGAGUAUUAAAGAGGUGAUUUUUGUUUCCUCUAAGGGCCAACUUUCUCAAAGCCUUUCGUACAGCUUGAUAUCUUUGCACAUGGAGGUCUAACUCUUAUCAGUGAUUGUAGCAUCAUAUCUUAAACUUUUGGCUCCUGCAAAGGUGUUUUGCCUGUACUUAAUGCUUACUCCAGGCUGAUCGUUUAAAGAGUGUUUAAGUUUAGAAAAAAAAAAAAAAAAAAGAUUUUUGUAUAAUUUUAAAGCAUGGUGGGAAGUGGACAGGUUUCCUUUUAGAUGCAUGUUAUUGUUUGCAUUUGAUUUUUUUUCCCAUGCAUUGUAUCACCUGUGAUUUCAGUGUAGUGGACAAAUGUCCUCAUGGCUUCACAGAUGGAUUAAUACUUUGAGGCAGUGUUUAUUAAACCGUACACACUUCUAUAAAAUCUUCGAAACUUCAUUACAGCUUUAUGAACAGAACAGGAGACAAAAGAGGGUACAACACAGGAAAAUGUCAUACAAUGUAAAAUACAUUUUGUAUUCAGAGAGCCUUAAGAAUUUUAUAUUUUAAAAAAAUGCUUUUGUUUUACUGGCAUGAGCAAAAAGUUGGAGAAAAUACAAUCCAUCUGCUCUUUAAUCUUGCAUACUAUUAAUGUGAUCUUUCCUUUGGACAAUGAAAAAUCAUUUACAGACUUGGGGCCUUAUUCAUGAUCGUAACAGAACAAAUGUGUUCAUAAAACCAUCGUUUUUCAAUUCUGUUUAUGUAAGAAGGGUUUUAUGAAUGAUUUACACAUUUUGUCGAACAAUUUGCAUAUCUAUUAUCUUCAUACGGGAACUGGUUCCAACUUUUGACCUUUGAUAUUGGUAUGUUUUUUGUAUGACAUGCACGGGUUAAAUAUUUAUAGCACAAGCACGUGCUCCCAAAAAAAAAAAAAA